AUAACUUUAUUGAUUUGGGUAUUUUUAGUAUGUUGACUAUCUCCUGCUAUUGGUUUCUAUUGGCUGGGUGGAGGCCACCGGUGCUGCUAAACAUCUUCCAAUGCAUCAGAUAACCCCGCUGCAAAAACUUAUGUGGCCAAAAUGUCAGUAGUUCCAGGAAACUUUGCAAACCACUUUUGACACAUUUGAUCAGUCACAGUACCUUCUCCAUACACUACACAAAUCUUUUAUUGCAUUUUACCUUUAGUUGCGUUUUUACCUUUCUUGAAAUAAUAAAGCAUGAAAAUGUUGCAUAUCUUCUUCUACCUUCAAUAUUAAAAUGGCUUAUAAAACUUAUUAACAAUUUUGCUAAGUUUUUUUUAAAUGCAUGCUGGUAUGCCAGCUAUCAUAAUAUAAUCUAACAAUUGUUUCAAAUGAAGUUGAAACAAUUUCAACUGGAGCCACUGGAGCUGAGCGCUACUGGAGCCAUGGUAGAGAAAAAAACUAAACGAACUUUUUGGUUAACCCAAUAGUUAUGAUGAAAGUGGUAGAAAGACACCAGGAUCUUUCAUUUAGGCUUUCAUAGGUGUAUCAUUAAUUUAACAAAUGUUUGCUGAACAUUAAGUAUGUGCAAGUUAUUGUUCUAGGUGCAGAGGUUACAGUCGUGAAUCAAAUACAAAUAUCGCUGCCCUCAUAGAUCUUACAUUCUACAAAGGGCAAGGCAGACAUUAAACAAAAUAAGAAAGUGUGUACCCUGAAAAAGAAGACACUGACUAAUAAGUGCUUCUGGUGGUUAACUGGGCUCAAGUUAAAAACAAACAAUACCCACCUCGUCCCCCUAAAAAAAGCAAAAACAAAAACAAAACAGAUCCUAGUAACCAUUUCUACACAGGGGCCUCAUACAAACUGCACUUCUGGGAGAAGCCUGUCUUGCGAUAGCUGCCUGCACUGUUUCUGCCAUCUGAGUCAGUCCUUAUAAGAGUUCAUGAAAUCCUAUUUCAACCAAUGGGACUGAGGCUUUCUCUAUCCAAUCAGAUCUGCACAGUCCUGAGGAACCAGAGCAGCUUUAUUCUCACCGGUCAGAACAGUUCCUAUUGGACCAAUCAAACCGUGACUAUUUGGAGUACUCAUUUGGAUGAGGACGGGCCAAUCAGGGAACGGAUUUGGGGACUUCUGUUUGUAUAAGCCAGUUCCCCUGGCUGAGAGUACACAUUCCCUUUCCACCCAAGUCUGAAGACUGCAUCUCCCUGGCUGAGCUGAAACACUGAAAACGUCUCCCUCAGAGAAAGAUGUGUCAGUUUAUUUCAAUGGAGAAGAAGUUCUCUUAGCAAAUAGUGUCAAAACAAGUGGACAUCUUUGUAGGCUAAAAUGAACCUUCAUCUGCACCUGAAAGUAUACAUAACAUUGCCUUAAAAAUACGAAAUUCAAAAUUUAAAGUUAAAGCUAUUAAAUUUCUAGAGGAAACUGUAGGAGAAAAUCUUUUUAACAUAGGUUAGGCAAAGAUUUCAUUAAAAGAACAUAAAAGCACAAACUAAAAGCAAAUAUUGGUAGAAUGUACUUCACAGGAUUAGAAUUGCUUUUUGUAAGGCACUUAGGAAAACAAAAAGGCAAGUUACAUACUGGAACAAAAUGUUUACAAAAUAGGUAUAUGAUAGAGGGCUUGUGUCCAGAAAAUGUAAAGAACCCAAAAAGAGAAACAAUUCAGUUUUAAAAUGGAGAGAUGAUUUGAACAGACACCUCAUGAUACAUGAAUGGUCAACAAACACAUGGAGAGAUGCUCAGCACCACUCGUUAUCAGAACAAUAUGUUAAUAAAGAAAAAGACCAACAUUGUCAAGUGUUGCUGAAGUAGUGAAUCAGCUGGAAUCCUCAGACAUUGCUGAUUGAUGAUACUUAACAAGAGCUGCUACAAUACAUAGGGGAGGUGAAAACUAACAGAUGAAAGUUUUGCCAUGCACUGAAAGGAAAGCAUUGUCUGUGAAGUUCUGCUUUUUAAAAUGUCUGCUUGUAACACCUUUACUGAACACGUUUGGAAACCUGGUGAAUGCAAGAACUGCUUUAAACCUAAAAGCUUGCACCAGCUCCCUCCAGACCCUGAGAAGACGCCCAUCACCCAUGGCAAUGUGAAAACUAAUGCCAAUCACAGUAACAAUCACCGUAUCAGGAGCACCGGAAAUUUCCGGCCUCCUGUGGCUAAAAAACCCACUAUAGCUGUGAAGCCCACUAUGAUGGUGGCAGAUGGGCAAAGUGUAUGUGGUGAGUUUAGCAUUCAAGGACACUGUGAGAACAAACCUGUCAUUAUAGGGAGGAACCAAAACAGGACAGCUUUGAAUAAGAAACCACUCAAUAAUAAUAAUGAAAAUGAUAUUGAAGGAGUUAGCCAUAUUUCUAAACCUUGUGGCAAUAAUGAUAAUGCAAAGAAGAUAUCAGAUAACAAUAAUGGACUAACCGAAGUGUUGAAGGAGAUAGCAGGCUUGGAUACUACCCCUCAGAUUGGAGGAAAUGAAACCAACUCCAGAGAAAUAUUCUUGGGAAGAAUAAAUGAUUGCUAUAAACGGUCAUUGGAAAGAAAGCUUCCACCAAGUUGCAUGAUGGGUGGGAUAAAGGAUACUCAGGGCAAGCACGUUAUUCUGAGUGGGAGCACAGAAGUGAUCAGCAAUGAAGGGGGCCGGUUCUGUUACCCAGAAUUUUCUAGUGGUGAGGAGAGUGAGGAAGAUGUACUUUUCAGUAACAUGGAGGAGGAGCGUGAGAGCUGGGAUGAAAGUGAUGAAGAGCUGUUGGCCAUGGAGAUUCGUAUGAGAGGGCAACCUCGCUUCGCUAACUUUAGGGCAAAUACUUUGUCUCCUGUUCAAUUCUGCGUGGACAAGAAAUGGAAUACUGUUCCUCUGCGAAAUAAGUCUCUGCAGAGAAUCUGUGCUGUAGACUAUGACGAUAGUUACGAUGAAAUCCUAAAUGGUUAUGAAGAGAAUUCUGUAGUCUAUGGACCAGGAAGUACUCAGAGCAUGGUGUCAUCUGACUCCACAUCACCAGAUUCUUCUUUAACAGAAGAAUCACACUCUGAGACAGCCAGUAGUUUAUCCCAGAAAAUUUGUAAUGGGGGAGUAUCUCCUGGUAAACCAGCAGAUUCUAAAGAUAUGAAAGAUAGUGAGCCCAAUUGUGAAAGUCUCUCUGGUAAGAGUCAGGAGGAUUCAUCACAAGCAUUAAAAAGCUCAUUAAAAAUUCCAGAGACUCACAAAGCAGUCCUUGCUCUCAGAUUAGAAGAGAAGGAUGGCAAGAUUGCUGUACAAACUGCAAAGCAAGGAAGUAAAGCCUCUACAGAUAUUGCUGGGCAAGCAGUAAUCAUAAACCUCAUUCCUGUACAAGAGCAAGCCAAGCCCUACCGUGUUGUGAAUCUCGAACAGCCAUUAUGCAAGCCAUAUACCAUUGUGGACGUGUCAGCAGCCAUGGCUAGCGAACACCUUGGGGGCCCUGGUAACAACCGCAAGACAAAAAGCUCAUCUUCUGCUCCAAACUCUCCAGUGACACCACCUAUAUCGACAUCAGGUCAAAUAGGUGCCCGUUUCCAAAAAUCCAGUGCAAUUCGAUACCAAGAAGUAUGGACUUCCAGUACCAGUCCAAGACAAAAGAUACCUAAGGUAGAAUUAAUUAGUGGUGGAACUGGACCAAAUGUCCCUCCAAGGAAAAACUGUCACAAAUCAGCACCUACUUCACCCAUAGCUGCAAAUGUUUCCUCCAAAACCAUCCCUGUUAAGUCACCGAAUUUGUCUGAAAUAAAAUUUAAUAGUUACAACAAUGCUGGUAUGCCACCUUUUCCAAUUAUCAUCCAUGACGAACCAACUUAUGCUCGGAGUUCCAAAAAUGCCAUCAAAGUUCCCAUUGUUAUCAAUCCAAAUGCAUAUGACAAUCUAGCCAUUUAUAAAAGUUUUCUCGGAACAAGUGGAGAACUUCCAGUGAAGGAAAAAACCACAAGUAUGGUAAGCCACACUUACGAAGAAAUAGAAACUACAGGAAAAGUGUCUGAAGACACCACUAGCAACCCCAUUGAUUAUCCCCAAGAUAAAGGGUUUUCAAAUAGCGCAGAAAGUAAAAGGGGCUCAGUAGCUCAGAAGGUCCAGGAGUUUAACAGUGGUCUCAACAGAGGUCAGUCUUCACCACAGAGAAGCUAUAGUUCCAGUCACAGCUCCCCAACAAAGAUCCAGAGAACCACUCAAGAACCUGUUGCCAGAACAGAAGGCACUCAGGGGUCUCAGAUGGUAGUCAGUGGCAGCAGCAACAGGGAGAAAGCAAGUACAGUGCUCUCUCAGAUUGUGGCUUCUAUUCAACCUCCACAGUCUCCUCCAGAAGUGCCCCUGUCAGGCCAUAAAGCUUGCAGUGUGGAAAAGCUUUAUGCAAUUCCUCCAGAUGUCGAUGCUGCUAAGAGUACACCAGUCCGGCCCAAAUCUCUCUUUACAUCUCAGUCCAGUGGUGGACAUGAAGCACCUCAGAACCCAGAAAAUCUUACCACUGAAGUACAGAAAGAUCCACUGGCAAAGCCAGUCACCACCUCCUCCUGCAAAUUAGUGACUAAUCCCGAAAGUGAGCCACCACCUCCUUUUCCCCCACCACGCUCUACUUCCUCCCCUUACCAUGCAAGUAACCUUUUGCAGAAGCAUUUCACCAACUGGACCAAGUCAGCCAGCCCUACCAGGUCAACAGAAGCUGAAUCAGUUUUGCACUCUGAAGGCAGCAGACGUGCAGCUGAUGCAAAACCUAAACGCUGGAUAUCAUUUAAAAGCUUCUUCCGCCGCCGGAAAACAGAUGAGGAGUAUGAUAAAGAGAAAGAACGAGAGAAAGGGAAACUGGUGGGCUUGGAUGGCACAGUCAUCCACAUGCUACCCCCUCCUCCAGUUCAACGCCAUCAUUGGUUCACAGAAGCAAAAGGAGAGUCCAGUGAGAAACCAGCCAUUAUCUUCAUGUACAGGUGUGACCCUGCCGAAGGGCAGCUCAAUGUGGAUCAGAAUAAGGCCAGAGAAGACCACUCAGCAGUCAUGGAGAAGAGUGGAACACAGGAUGGGUUACUACAGGAUUCACGGGAAAAGAAAAAGAGUCAUUCUUCUCCAUUACAGAUUCCUAAAACAAUUCUCAGUCAUGUGACUCAUGAAGUGACAGAGGAUUUUUCUUCUUGGGAUCCAAGAACCGUUGUUGUGAAGCAAGAUGGUGGAGGUUGCACACCAGCAUUGCCCCUAUGUGAACUGGAAAAGGAAGAGGAAAAAGAAGACAUUUUAGAUCCUAUGGACUUGAAUUCCUGUAGUGCAACAUACAGCAACUUAGGGCAAUCUAGAGCAGCUAUGAUACCUCCCAAGCAUCCACGGCAGACAAAGGGGGCUUUGGAUGAUGGCAUUACCUGUGGUGGGAAAACAGACCAAGAAACACCUAAUGCUUCCCAAAUUAAACCACCACCACUGCCGAAGAAAAUGAUCAUAAGAGCCAAUACCGAGCCAAUCUCCAAAGACCUGCAAAAAUCCUUGGAAACUAGUCUUUGUGUCAUGGCUAAUCCCACCUAUGAUAUUGAUCCCAACUGGGAUGCCAGCAGUGCUGGCUCUUCCAUCAGUUAUGAACUCAAGGGACUAGACGUUGAGUCUUAUGACUCCUUGGAGAAACCUUUGCACAAGGAGCGACCUAUCCCCUCAGCAGCAAACAGCAUCUCCGGCUUAACCACUCUCAGUAUUAAGGAUAGAUUUUCCAGCAGCAUGGAGUCCCUGUCCAGUCGAUGUGUUCCCUCUUGGAGACAGGGACGAGGUAUCCAGAAGCCACAGCGACAUGCACUUUAUCGAGGACUUGAGAAUUGGGAAGAAGUGGUGGGAAAAAUCCGAAGCCUCCAUACAGACGCCUUAAAGAAACUGACUGUUAAAUGUGAAGACCUCUUCAUGGCUGGGCAGAAAGACAAGCUCCGUUUUGGGCUUGACAGCUGGUCAGACUUCAGACUAACCAGUGACAAGCCAUGUUGUGAAGCAGGUGAUGCAGUUUACUACACAGCUUCAUAUGCAAAAGAUCCACUUAAUAACUAUGCAGUCAAGAUAUGUAAGAGCAAAGCUAAAGAAUCUCAGCAGUAUUAUCACAGCUUGGCUGUUCGGCAGAGUCUGGCUGUCCAUUUUAACAUCCAGCAGGACUGUGGACAUUUCCUUGCUGAAGUCCCUAAGCGUCUGCUUCCCUGGGAGGAUCCUGAUGCCCCUGAAGAGGAAGAGGAUGAAAUGCAAGAGAAAGAAGAAAUGAAAGAAGAAGGUGAUGGGAAAAGCCCAGAACCCUGCUCUGAAGCAGAGUCAUCCCAGAAAGAAAGUCAGGGAGUUAUUAGCAAGAAGCAGAGAAGUCACGUUGUGGUCAUCACCAGAGAGGUUCCCUAUCUCACCAUGGCUGAUUUUGUGAAAGACUCUCUGGCCCAGCAUGGGAAAAGCCCCGAUGUAUAUGAGAGGCAAGUGUGUCUGCUUCUCUUGCAGCUGUGCUCCGGCCUUGAGCAUCUCAAACCCUACCACGUUACUCACUGCGAUCUGCGUUUGGAGAAUCUGCUGCUUGUCCACUACCAGCCCAGGGUAACCACCCAUGGCCUUGGGCCUGCAGAACCCAAUCCCACCUCAUCUUAUCUCACGAAGCUGAUAAUAAGCAACUUCUCUCAGGCCAAGCAGAAAAGCCACCUGGUGGACUCUGAGAUCCUCCGGGACCAGUCCCGCCUUGCCCCAGAGAUCAUAACAGCCACCCAGUACAAAAAGUGUGAUGAGUUCCAGACAGGCAUCCUCAUCUAUGAGAUGCUACACCUGCCCAACCCCUUUGAUGAGAACCCAGAGCUGAAGGAGAAAGAAUACACUCGAGCAGACCUGCCUCGAAUCCCACUCCGCUCCCCCUAUUCCUGGGGCCUUCAGCAGCUGGCCAGCUGCCUCCUGAACCCCAGCCCUUCUGAGCGGAUCCUCAUUUCAGAUGCCAAAGGUGUCCUCCAGUGUCUGCUCUGGGGUCCCCGGGAAGAUCUCUUCCAGACUUUUAGCACCACCCCCAGCCCAGUGCAGAGGAAUGCCCUGCUUCAAAACUGGCUGGACAUCAAGCGAACAUUGCUGAUGAUCAAGUUUGCUGAGAAGUCCUUGGACAGGGAUGAUAGGGUCGGCCUUGAGGAUUGGCUUUGUGCUCAGUAUUUGGCUUUUGCUACUCCAGACUCCCUCAGUUCUAUUGUGAAAAUCCUGCAACACCGUUAAUGUAUCCUGGUUCCUGCUUUUACUUCAUUUUCACCUUCUUCAAGUCACCCACACACUUCCCCAUUCUAGUACUCACACAGAAUUCAAGGAAAAAAGAGAGACAAACUGUUCAUCCCUGUUCAUGAACAAAGAAGUCUACUCAGAAAGGUUAUCCACAGCUCUAAAUCAAGUGAGAAGCUGAGUCUCUCUUAACUUCACAGAAAUUCGACUGCACAAACAUUCAGUUGCCUUCCAUUGGAACACCUUUCACCCUAACUGUCCCACAAAUUCAGGUAAAAAAUGAAAAUGAACAUUUUUGAAGGGACAGCUUCUUCGGUAUGAACUCUGUGACCUAUGUCCAGUUCUUCCAUAAUUCUGAUUUUCAGAUUUUUCACACCAAGUACUUAUUCUCACUAGCCAGAGAUAGAUUUAACCAAUUCUUAUCAUCAUCCACUUAGCUCUCACAACAGGCUUUCUUCCUGUUACCAGGCAGAACUGCUAUCCUUAGUGUCCACCCAGUUUUGGUUCCAGGGACUAUAUUCCUUAUUUCAGCAGAUAGUAGAAGUACAAGGAGAGAUCCCAUCCCUUGGGUCAUGGACCCAUUUUCAUUUCAAUUAUCAAUAACUGGGUGCACUGCAUGGAUGGUAGCUGUAACAGUCUCCCCUCUGCUGCCACUGUCCAAUUUUUCUUCACCUUGAAUCUGUCCCCACUUGCCAGUGAAGUCUGUGUUUCUUGGCCUCUUGUGGCAUAUUGCAGAGCUGACCCAAGGUGGUGUCACCCAUGCCUCACCGGGGCAGAAUGCAGUUUAGGUCUUAUAAACAGCUGGCAGUACAGAAGGAGCUGUUUUCCCUGCAUGUGCAGUUCUCUAGGGACCAUCAGGGGAACAAAAUUUAAAGUACCAUUCUUUGAUUACUGUCAGAGUUGGCAGCCAGGAAUAGUGGUGCCCAGAUGACAACUUUUCCCCCAAGCAAUAACUGGCCAGCUUUCUUCUAUCAAUAGCUAGUAUUAACUAGUCUACCAAAUGCUAUAGACAACUGCCCUGAAUGAAACAGCUGUCAGUUGAGCUCUUAAGAUCUCCUUGGAGGGCAUGGCGCAGAUGGCUAUUAUAAUGGCCAGAGGCAGGAGAGGGGAGAAGGCCAUGGAUAAGACUACUGACCUUCUCCUCAGGAUGCUGACCUUUGCUGGAGAAAUUGCCUCUCAGCUGCCCUGGCACAUUGCUGCUUAUGACUCUGAAAUAGCUCUGGAGGACAGCUCACAGAGAAUUUUGAUUGCUGAGGUUAGUGGCUGAAAGCUGUUUCACCAUAUGUGAGGUCUGUGCUCCUUUCCUAUGGAUAUAUGUGCAAUUUUUUAAUGUAUUUUUUAGCUGUGUAUUACAGUGUUUAUGUUGCAACUUCACCUGAAGCAAGAUCUAUAAAAAUCCUCCCCUUCUUCCCUUGGCACAUAUUUGUGCUAAAAAUCAAGUGUUCCUUCCAUAGGGGUGUGUGAGUGUGUAUGCGCUUAUUUUAUUCAAAACUGUGAGUAUCUGUUUACUUAAAUCUUGCUAUCCCAAAAGUCACUCGGACAAUGUAAGUGUCCAUACACAUUUGUGCCUGUGUGUGUACAUGUGUGCUGGAAGUACAGAGAGUCCAGGCCUCCGGGGAAGCCAUCCGUGGCAGGGUUGAUAGACAUGUUCUCUGUACCUAGUCAGGAAGGAAGCCCUUGGGACUCGUCUCCCAAUGCAGGGUUUCUUAAAGUCAGGACUGGCUUUGCAGUAUUACUUAGAUAGCACAUAAGUGGCCUUUGGAAAUAUCUUAGUUUUUCACAUUGUUAAUAGCCUUUCAUGUGAUUCACCUGUAUCAAAGAGGAUCAAGAACAGAAAAGAAUGUAUUUUAUGGUCCCUUUUUUUUUCUUUUUUUGAGAAUGGGAUAUAUGAGCCUUCAUUUGGAGGCUGUCCCUGUCCUCCUGGCCAGCAAUAUAGGACUCUAGAAGGAGAGAACCGGGUAGCCCACAAAGAGUGCCUCCUCUAGCCAGAGUGCAGAGGUCUGCCCCAAGGGAUGGCCACAGAGUGUGCAUGGCACUGCAGGCCAGUAGCCCACUUUCUCUCAGUGUUCUGUGGCAUGGCAGGGCCUUGCCUAACAGACUGGUUUGGUUCAUCUUAGCAUAGCCCAUGUGCACAUAACUCCUUGCCUAAUUAUACACUGAAAUAGCACACAGACCACUGACCAUGUCAGCUAACACAUUCCCUUACCAGCCUCCCCCUCUCAUCCCUCCCAUUUCCUGAUGGUUUGCAUAUUGAGACACUUUCUCAAUGUCACUCUUGUGCCUUGCCCAUGUAAAUUUGAAUGUUGACUAUUUAAUGAGGUUUUACACUUAAUGAAGAAAGUUUCCUGGUCCCCCUAUUUGUUACUUGGGUAUUCUUUUCCUUCCUCCCUCCCUCCCUCCUUCCUUCCUUCCUUCCUUCAUUCCUUUUUGACCUGGAUCUAGUCUUCUUCGUUUUAAGUCUGUAAUAUUAUAAGCACGGGCACCCACUCCCACCAAUAUAUUAUAUAGCACUGGUAAACCAAGCACCCCUUCAUAUCAGGUAUGUUUAGUACUGUUUUUAUAUUCAGAUUUGUUAAGGGUAAAAGAAAAAUGCCAACUAGUCAUAGAUAGGCCUCAGGCUUUCCAGAGACAGGGAUUACAUUAAUUUUUCUCUGGCCAAAGAAUGUGAGGGAGAGAGGGAAGGUGGGGUUACAGGUUAGAGCCAAAUAAAUAGACAAAAUAACUUAUGUCUGGGCAAGAAGUACUCAUCAUGUGGUCCUAAGAAUAUCUUUCCACAAUAAUGAAAUUUAGUCAAUCUAAUAUCUCAAGAAAAAAAAAUAUAUAUAUUACAUUUCUAUUUUAAUUGUAGUAGGAACUUGGAAUUCAUCAACUGAAAAGAAACCCUAUUCUUAGACAAAGACAGGCGUGUGUGUGUGUGUGUAUGGGUUUAGACUGUGACUAGUAUAGCACUUUAAGUUUUCUCAAGUAACUUGGAGUUACUGUUUUUAAUAUUGAUUGGAAAUUUUUUUCUUUUCUAUUGAAGUCUGUACUAUGGUUUCUUACAUUUAUUUUGAGAGUUUGAACAAUUAAGCUGCUGUUGGAACUUUUCCCUAAGCCACAUGAGCAAGAACAAUCUCUCUGACUCAUCUGGGUGCUGGAGAAAUAGGACAAUUGCUGGAGUAGCCAAGACCAAGAAUGAAUGUAUAGGAGUGCCUUGGUAGAGUGAUAAUCUGGUCUUGGAAGGAAGAGGAUCAGAUGUUCCACAAAGAGAACUAGGACUACCAGAUCUCUUCCAUGCUUGCCUGAGAAGAGCCCCUUUGGUAUAGUACUGCAAAGCCCACACACUAGCUCAUGAAGAGUAACUGAAGGAUGGGAAAAAGAACAAUUGUAACCUGUGGAAUCAACAAUAAAAGAAUAAUGAAUGAGGUCCACCAGCCCCUAAGCUAAGUUAAGAUUGGAAGAAGGAGUAUGGCAGUGGGUUUCAAGUUUUGCCCUCUGAAGAUGAACUAGGUGAGGUACAGAAAGGGGCACAAAUGCCCACACUACUGAUAUUGAGGGGCUAAAAGUAAAAUAUUCUUGUUGGGAUUUUAAGAGUCCGAGUAGCUUUUCAUUGUCAAAUUAAGUGGAGGUCAGUUUUGCUUUCACACACACAAUAAGUUUGUGAACAUAAUUCUGUUUGUAGAGCUACCUAAAAUUGUAUUUCAAGUUUUCAGCAUUACAAAAUUUCCACGAAAGAUCUUUGGGACCUACUAAGUAGUAGGGCAUAGAAAGAUUCCACUCAGCUUCCCAAAUUUUUGUUAAGAAUACUUUGGUGCUGGGAAGUAACCUGACUUGGUUUUGCUGGCAACCUGCAACCAGGAUUUUCCCCUAGAUCUUACCAGCAGUGAUCUGAAAAAAUACAGGCUAGUCCUAGAAAUUGGGAUAGACUUAUGAUACUACACUACAUUCCAGAUGAUUCUAGAUGUGUAACUAAAGUAUGAAUAUACUUGGAGAGGGGAAAGAGGAACUUGACUCCCUAGGCCAGCUCUGACAUGUUUUUAUUCCCCUCACUAGUUGAUAAGGAUUGAAAAUUCUGGUACACUUUAAUGAGUGAAUAGGAUGGCUACCCACAAAACCUCAUUGUAGCUCAUAUUCUCAAAGGCCCAAAGUGCUGUGCUGAGGCAAAUCGAAUUGCUGCUCUCGUUGAAGUGUGCACAGAAGUCCAGGUGUCCAUGCUUAUAUCAGUGCCAAAAGUGGGCACUCCAUGGACCUAAGUGAUGCCACACAAGAAGCACAGGAGCUGCAGUGCAGGAGCCCAGGCAGAGAUUGUACCCAAGGAAGCAAGCCCUCUGUCCUGCUGCUGCUGAAGUGGCGAUGUUGGGCUAGAACAGAAGCCAUGGAGGGGAGUUCAUAUACAGUCCAUGUCAAGGUAUUUGGUUAAUAAAAUAAUCCAACCUCAAAAAAA